AAACACAUGUCAAACGUUGAAACGUGCUCGAUGUUACUUUAUUUGGCUAUUCAUCUUUUCACGAUAUUUAUCAUCAGAGAAACUCAUGAAACUUUUAACUUAUAAUUUUUUAACAUCGUCCGCUAUCAAAGGUGUAAAAGUUGGUUAUCCAUUGAAACUUCAUGUUUUAAAGAAACGAGAGGUUCAAAUCGAUUUCAAUGCGGAAUUUUUAAUUCGAAUGAUACCACGGUUGGAGUGGCGUACAGUUUUGGAAGGUGCUAAGUCUAUAGGAUGUUUAAACGAGUUACCACCAGAAGUAACUAAAUCUCAUAGUGCUGAUAUUAACUUUCUAGAAAAACUUCAUCAUAUUUUGUUGGAAAUCGAUGUUACUGAUGGUCAUCUUGAAUGUCCUGAAACAGGAAGAAAAUUUUCAAUUUUAAAUGGAAUCCCUAACAUGUUAUUAAAUGAAGAUGAAGUAUAAUAAAAAAUAAGUUGGAGAAAUUCAAACUUCAAUUUUAUAAAUAUUUCAUA